AUGGGAGGACUGGGAAAGACAACUCUGGCUCAACUCGUCUACAACGAUGAGUUGGUAAAUGAACAGUUCAAGCUAAAAAUGUGGGUUCAUGUAUCUGAAGAUUUUGAUGUGGAAAAGCUCUUAAGAAAAAUUAUGGAGUCCUCCACUCAAAGUAAGUUUGAUACCUUAUCAAAUUUCGAUGUACUAGCUAGUAAAGUCCGAGAGCAAUUAAAUGGGAAGAAAUAUUUGCUAGUACUUGACGAUUUAGGGAACGAGCGAGAUGAGCUAUGGGAGAGACUCUGUAGUCCGUUGCUUGUUGGUGCUCAAGGGAGUAAAAUUUUAAUCACUGCUCGUAAGUCCCAAGUUGCAGAUAUUGUCAAGGGGAUUAUUCCUCCUUACAAAUUGGAAGAAUUACAAAAUGAGGAAUGCUGGUGUAUUAUUGAGAAGAAUGCAUUUUCUCCCGGUGGAGCCCUAAAGACUACAAACAUGACAAGCAUAGAAGUGGAGAUAGCGAAGAAAUGUGGUGGUUUACCACUUGCAGCAAAAUUCCUUGGUAGUCUAAUGCGUACUCGGAACAAAGAAGUUGAUUGGUUGUCUAUUCAAGAAAAUCAUAUCUGGAAUACACCAGAAAAUGAAAACAGAGUCAUAGCAACACUAAAAUUAAGCUAUGAUGACUUGUCGUCCCAAUUGAAACAGUGUUUCUCUUACUGUUGCAUAUUUCCUAAAGGUUGGGAGAUAGAUAGAAAAACAUUGGUUCGGUUGUGGAUGGCAGAAGGAUUUUUGGACUCCUGUAAAGUCGUAAAUGGAAGAUCGAUUGAAGACAUUGGAGAUGAAUACUUUGAGAGUUUGGUAUUGAGUUCAUUUUUGGAAUGUGGCAUAAUAAAGAAUUUCAAGAUGCAUGAUCUUGUGCACCAUCUAGCACAAGCUGUUGCUGGGGAUCAGGAAUUGGUGUCUCUCAAGGUCAGCGAGUUCAAAAAUACUUCUGAAAUACGUCGGUUACAGUUAAUAUUGGAUAUAGAUUUAUCAUCAACAUUUCUGAGAAGCUUAACUAACGCGAAGAAGUUGCGGACGCUUUUCAUUACUGAAGGUUCAAAAGUCUACCCUGAUAUAUUGCUAGAAAAUCAGCACUUGCGUGUACUGCAUAUAGGUCGUUCACCAGAUUGGACCUUUCCAAAGUUGCCUUCUUUGAGUUUUAAGCUGAGACAUUUAAGGUACCUCCAUCUUACUAGUCUUGAUAUUAGAGAAGUAGUGAAUGAUCUUUUCCCCAUCAAUAAACUUUAUAACCUAGAGACACUGGUAUUGCAUCACAUGAUAGGUAGUAUUGAAAAUCUUCCGACAAACAUUCAGUCCUUGAAAAAAAUUAAGACAUCUUGA